AUGGCAGACCACCUUCAUCAAAUUCAGCAGCAACAACACCAACAACAGGAGCAACAACAACUGGAUCUCCCGCCGGGGUUCCGGUUCCACCCGUCUGAUGAGGAGAUCAUCAUGUCAUACCUCACCCCCAAGGUGCUCGACAGGACCUUCGUCGCCACUGCCAUGGGGGAGGUCGACCUUAACAAGUGCGAGCCAUGGGAGCUGCCCGGGAAGGCGAAGAUGGGGGAGAAGGAGUGGUACUUCUAUUGCCAGAAGGACCGAAAGUACCCCACCGGGAUACGCACGAAUCGCGCCACGGAGGCGGGCUACUGGAAGGCCACCGGAAAAGACAAGGAGGUUUUCGGCACGCCACGGCAGGUGCUCAUCGGCAUGAAGAAGACGCUCGUGUUCUACAAGGGCAGGGCUCCAAAAGGGGAGAAGACCAACUGGGUCAUGCAUGAGUACAGGAUCGAGACAAGCAAGGAGCAGGGGCCCUACGCCACCAGUAGCGCCGCCGCCGCGGCUAUCAUCAAUGCAGCAUCCAAGGAUGAGUGGGUGGUCUGCAGGAUCUUCCAUAAGAGCUCUGGGAUCAAGAAGGUGGUGAUGCCAUCGUACACCAUGGCGGCGAUGUCCAUGUCCAUGGGGCAGCAGCAGCAGCAGCAGAGCUUCCUCGCCGGUACUCCAUGCAUGUUGCCUCCUCUCACGGACUACGCCACCGCGUCGUCAUCCUCCCUAGCGCCACCACCGCCUCAGUUGCAUACACCUUCGUACCAGCUGCAUGCAGCCGGCCCUGGUACCUCGAUGAUGGGCGCGGCCCUACCAAUGAAGAACGAACACUACUUUGGGAGCCACAGCCAACACCCGAUUAUGGCGCCGCCCAGGCCGCCCUUGUCAUUCUACCAGCAGCAGAUGCCGAUGAUGGACCAGGGCUUCAUGGCCGGGGCAGGGCUGGCGAGCGGGCCGUCUUCCAUGGUUUCGCAGGAGGAAGCCGGGACCACGCUGAGCAACAACGAACAGAGCAACGCCGCUGAGAUCUCGUCCGUGGAGAUGGGCAUGGAUGGCAUGUGGAAGUACUGA